AGAAAUUCCAAUAUGGACGUCGCAAGUUUAAACCUGAGGAUGAAAUGAAAACAUUAUCAAACUGCGGGUCAUUGCUGACUGGAAGAUAAAUCAUUGAUGUGCAAAUGAAUAAAAGAUGGCAACAAUGGUACAGGGAAUGUUCACAGACAGCGCAUAUCCUGGGUCAAGUCACCAACCCCAACAAAAUAGUCGGGGUUUUGCUUUUCGAAAGCGAUAUGAACGGAUAGACUGGAGGAGAAUAGCUUCCAUUGACAUUGAAAAUGUCGCUAGAACGUUGGAUUUUAAUGCCCUUCAGGAUAACAUAAUGAAUAUUACAUUUUGUAAUAUUGAGGCUGAAUUGGAUGUCAGAAUGGUGGAUCCAAAUUUCAUUAAGAUCUUCAAAUUAGCACAACUUUCAAUUGAAUACUUGCUGCAUUCUCAAGAAUUUUUAACUGCAAAAAUGUCUACAUUUGAAGGAAAUAUAAAAAAGACACAUGAGGAGCAUGAACAAACCAAAGCAACUCUUGAGAAGUUGAAGGAAGAAUUGGCAGCAGUGAAGAAAGAAAGUCAUAAAAGAAAGAAGUUACUUAUAGCUCAACAACACCUCAUUACAGCUGGAACAGAUGCUCAAAACAAGUGCCCUUUCUGCAUCAAGAAGUUCAUGAACCGCUCGUUCCUCGAGGCUCACAUGCACCGUCGUCAUGGCAGCUCCACCCCAAGCGUUCAGGCCACGCCCUCUCAGGACCAGAGCCCAGGUUCAAAGUCCGAACAGUCGCCAGAGAUCCGGUUGAACACAGCUCUCGAGGACCAGCUUGAGGAAAUAAGAGAGAGGCUGAGGGAGACAGAGGCCCAGUUGAACCACGAAAGGAAGGCCAGGAAGAAAAUAGAGCUACAGCCGCGAAUUGAGGAGAAAACAAACAAUGCGCAUCUCACCUCUGAACAGCAGAUGGAAUUACAGGAAGUUAAAGCAAUGUUUAUGAAGGAAUUAAAGGAGGCGCAUGAGAGGAAUCAGCAAAUGGAACGCAAACUUGCCGAUCUAAAGGGCCGCAAAAAGGGCUCAAACCUGGGCGAAAUGAUGGAUGAUACAGACAAUGAGCGAGAAUUGCUACGACAGCAGAGAGAGGAAAUGUCCAUGUUGAAGGAGCAGAUUCAGGGAGAAAUGCAAGCCCAGCAGGCAGAGACUGAGCUUCAUUGGCAGAACAGAGUGGAGCAGUUGCAGAGAGAACACCAGCAGUCCAUCGGCAAGUUGACAAAGGCCCUGGAGGUACAGCGCCGUCAACUCGGCAGCAAGAAUGGAGAGGCAUCGCCUUUAGUGCAGAAACAACAGGAGCACAUGGACGAGCUCAUCAGGAAACGCAGAAGUGAACCGCAAACCAAAGAACAGGAUCAGUUGAUUCAAGAAGAAUUGCGAAGAACGGAAUUGGCGAAGCAGGAAGCGCAGACUCGCGUGUCUCGCAUGGAGCCCAGCGAGGAUGAAGAUGACACUACGGAGAUGGGAACCGCUACUCAACUGUCAGGGGAUCUGACUGGGCGCUCUGCAGACAUGACCGCUCAGUCAACCGGAACCAUGGGCACUACCGGCAGUGGUGAGAUCACUCUGAGGACCACACAGUUCCUUGAGAAGCUUCGAGAGAAUCCUCAACUGCGCUUCAUGAGGGACGAGCUUGUAUCCAUGCUGCAAGAUCAGCUCGAGAAGAUUGGAAUCGCUCCAGGCACAAAGUAUCUCCCAGGUGACAUGCUGGCCAAUAAACUCGCUCAUCUGCAAACUAGACGUCAGACUCUUGUGCAGAAACACGGGGCCCUGUUCAGUUCCCUGCGGGUCCAGUUUGACGCCUUCACCACGGCGCAGGCUAAGGAGCGUCUCAAGGCCCUGAAGAAGUCCCCACCCCUCGGGCCAAGCCGCAGACCAGCCAGUGGUGCCAAUCAAGGCAGUAACCAGUCUAUUCCCACCUCGGGUCUAGGCAGCUCUGGUUCCCCCGUGCGUGGACCCAGUCCCAAACCUAGGCCAGUUCCUGCCAUGUCUACGCAGCCUGGAGCUAGAGCCCCUCAGCAGUCUCUGAAGAGUCCCCGCCAACGAGGCGCAAUCAGCCCGCGCAGAACAGAGAGCCCUGUUCGUCAAACAGCAUCGAGCGCAGAGUACACAAGCACCCAGUGGGACUCAGACGAAGAGACGGAAACUGAGUCCGAGGAAGAGCCUGCAUUCGUCCGGGCUCCGAACGUAAUAAUGUCCGGUCCCGCCCCCUCCCGCCCAGGUUUCCCGACCCCCCAGUCGAGACCCCAGCAGCAGCCGUCCCCUGCACCUAGAACACCCACUAGAGCUGCCCCUGUGACGAAACCUGUAGUUGAAGAUGACGAUGAUGAUGAUUGGAUGGACUCUGAGAGUGAAAUGGAGGAACCAGCUCCAAGGACAGCCAACGUGGUCUCACGAACGCCGCAGCCCAAAGGUCAGAUGGUGGCAGAACUGUCCAGAUCCAUCGAAAUGCAGUUAGCAGGUCGAAAGGGAACAUCGAAGCCAACCGGUGGUGUUGAUACCAUGGGUACAUCGCCAGGUCAGAAAAAAGUGGGAGAUAUAAUGGAUUUCGACUCAGACAGUGACUGGGACGUGUCACCAGUUUCAGACGAUGACGUCCCCGCCAAGCCCAAGCCCAAGGGUGGGGCUGGCAAGCCCCGGGGGGCUGGUCAUGUUGACGCCUCUGUCUCAUCUAGCGCUAACACCUAUGGUACCAGUCUGUGGGGCUCCUCAUCAAAAGACUCAUUGUCUGAUUUAUAAUGUUGUGCCCCAGUGCAAAGGUCUAACAGCAGAAGCAGUUUUGUGUCAGUAUCAGAUGUGAGUGAUGAUGAGGAUUUGGACAUGGAAAAUAUUUAGACCGUGCCACAUGGGUUUAUUUUUAGAUUCAGCUUAGUCUACUUCAAAAUCAAUAAAUCUUAAAUCGACAGUGGCCAGAAUGUUAGAAAUGAGGAAAAAAUAUUACAAGAUGGAUGGCCUUAAUUGGUGAAUAUUUAAUAUAGCAUAUCUUAUUGAUGUUUACAUAAUCUGAUGUGUUUUACUUAGACUGGCUUGGGCCUAUUUAUACCUGCAUAUGUUUUAUCUCAAUACUAUAACGAUGUUUUUUAGUAUCAUGCCAGUGUCUUAGUUUCUCUACAUGCCUAUACCAUACAUAUCUAAUAACAGGCCUAAAUUACCUGUGUGUAUAUUAAUGUCAUGAAAUGUUAACCAGCCUAUACACCCAAUAUUGGUUUAUGGACAUUUGCAUAUACACUCAAUAAUAGUUAUUGGUUAAUUACUUCUGAUUUGGCGAUAUGUGCUGCCAUUUUCUUAAUGUGAUAAAGUCAACUACUUACUUAUGUAUUUAUAGAUUUUUAAGUGCCCUUGGACUUGUUAUUGAUGGUUUGAUAUUAUCUAAAGAAUGCAGAUGCCAUGGUUAAAUGUUACAAUUAUUGGGGAUGACAAGAUAUAGAAAUGCUUUAUUAAGCAUUGAUUUUUGUUGGUAUUUUAUCAUUGUUAGUGAUAUUGUUGAUGUAUGUGUUAUUUUACUGUUGUUAGUUGUUUAUCUACAUUUUUCGUCUGUGAGGGUAUGAUGUAUGUGCUACAUAUGUUAUUUAAUGUUGUGUUUUGUGGUUGUUGAAGAUGUAUAUUUAUAUUAUUUAAUUACAUAUAUAUACACAUUCUUAUAUGAAUUCAAAUGCACUUAAGUAAUGUAGUUUCUCUCAUUAUAUCAAAAAUGAUAUAAUAAUACUUACUGAAAUAUGGUUAAAAGAAAUUACCUUCUAUAUAUUUCACUUAUCUUUUUGCUGCUGUAUUUGACUGAAAUACUGUUUAAAACCUUUUUCUUUACUGAACAUAAUAAACAGAUGCUGUUGUUUAAAUCUCUAUUUUGAUGUAGAGAAUAGUGACAGGCAGCAUCUUAAUUCUGUUACUGUGCUAAUCAAUAUGUGAUAUAAAUUUGUUGCAAGUUUAUUAUAAACUAUUUAUUUUUUCAUAAUUAAGUACAUCUUAUUUAAGCAUCAAUCAUAUAAUUGUCAUAAGUGCUGCUUGUGUUACAUUUGCACAGGACGGGAUGGUCUGCUGAAACCUUUCUAAGUACAAUAAAAAUUACAUCUGAAGCGUUGUAUAGGGAAUAUUUCAGGAUCACUUAUAAUUUUUAUAUCUGAAAACUGUAGUAAAAAAAAGCUUUGCCUAUCUAGCAAUCAGGACAGGUCCCCAAUUCUCAAAUGUGAAAAACAGAUUAAACUAAGCUUUAUUAUAUUUUAAGUAUUUGUUAUAAAACAGUUAAAUUAUAACCUUGUACUUAUGCUGUACAUUAAAAUGCCACAUCUCACUUUUGGGAAGGUUAUGUAUUCAUAUGUAUGACAAAAUUAAGUUGAACUGAUUCCUUGCUAAAAUGAUCACUUAUGCUCUUAAGAAAAUCUAUUUCACUUUUAUUUUUUAAAUGACUGUCUGCUUGGUGAAGGAAGUGUUCUUAUAAUGUCUUGUGAUUGUUGUUAAUAUAACGUAUACAAUCUGUUGAAUAAUUGAAUCUCAUAUUAUUAAAUAUAUUAAUUGGACCAAAGAAUACCGGUAUUUUUCCCCGUACUUUUCUUUAAAAAUAUAUACAUGUCUCAAGCAAUUAAAUCUCUGAAUUUUAUUUUAUUUAUUAGAAACUCUUGACUGAUGUACUCAUACAAUUUCUACUUAUUUGUUUCCUCGAUUGAUAUUUGGUCAUUAUAAAGCAGAUAGAAUAGUUCAUAAGAGAACCAUACAUCAUUUUGCACAUGCUUCUUAAUUUUACAAUUAAUAUAUGAAUAUAAUAAGUAAACAUAGCAUGCAAUGUCAUAUUAAUCUAACUUUUUACAUGUAUGCCCCCCUUCGAAGAAGAGGGGGUAUAUUGUUUUGCACAUGUCGGUCCGUAUGUCCGUCCGCCCACCAGAUAGUUUCCGGAUGAUAACUCAAUAACGCUUCGUGUAGGAUCAUGAAACUUCAUAGGUACAUUGAACAUGACUCGCAGAUGACCCCUAUUUAUUUUGAGGUCACUAGGUCAAAGGUCAAGGUCACGGUGACCCGAAAUAGUAAAAUGGUUUCCGGAUGAUAACUCAAGAACACUUAUGCCUAGGAUCAUGAAACUUCAUAGGUACAUUGAUCAUGACUCGCAGAUGACUCGUAUUGAUUUUCAAGUCACUAGGUCAAAGGUCAAGGUCACAGUGUCAAAAAACGUAUUCACACAAUGGCUGCCACUACAACUGACAGCCCAUAUGGGGGGCAUGCAUGUUUUACAAACAGCCCUUGUUUUAGUAAAACAACAUGGCUCUUUAGUUUAAAACAAUUUUUUGCCAAAGGAUGCUGGAAUUUUAUACUAAAAUAUGCCAAAAGUGUUUUUUUAAAUACUUCUUAAUGCCAGUACCUUAACGUAUCGGUGAAAAUCAUGCAACAAAUGUUGUUUUUCCCAAAAAUAAGCCCCUUACUCAUUAAUAUUCUUUUGUAAUGUAUGCUCGGUGAUAUAUGUCAUCAUUGAUGUAAAUAUAAAGACCCAUAUGGAAAGAUCUACGACCUUAAUGGUUUCUAGGUGCUGGUAAAAUGAAGCAGGGUGAAAAGGCGGAAACUUUUCUUGAAAAUUUGCAUAAACCAGGGUUUUAUAAACUAGUUGUCAUUUUUGAUGUGUUAUUUAUUAGAAUUUUUUAACAAUUACAAAAUUAUGCAGAUUCCUUUGAAUUACUUUGAUGAUAAACCUUUAUUGUCAAGGGUUCAGAAAAAUUUGAGUUUACAACUUUAAAGAUCUAGAUCUUCGCCAAAUCCCAGUUAAAAGAGCAUUUUCCACGAUUUGAAACAUACUCAAUGUCACAUUUAUGAUUAUGGAGGCAUAUACUCAUAUUUCUCAUAUCUUAAUUCAUGUAUAAACCAGACUCGUUAAUAUACCGUCCUUGUAAAAUAUCAACCUAUUUUUGUCAUAAUAAUGUUAUUUUUGUAUGCAUUAUACUAUGUAAGAAAUUAACAUAUCAUAAUACUGAAUAUGCAUUUGUACCGUCCAAAACGUUUAUAGUAGAGUGUGUAACUUUGUGACAGGAUAUAUAUUGUUUCAUUUUUUCAUUUUUAAUCAUUGAUUUUUUACUCAGCAAAUGAUAUAAUGCACCGAUUUGAAAUUGUUAUAUUGUUAUAUAUAAGGCAGAGCAAAAGCAAAUUGUCAGGUAAAUUUCUGAUUAAGAAUCACUGAUGUAAAGCAAUUAUGAACCGCUUCAUUCGCAAGUAGGAUUUACACCAAAUGCUGCCACAUUUGCACAGACUGGUUAUUUGCUAUGCUCAGGACUUCACAGGCUGAUCUGGUAAUUACUAUAAGUAUACAUGUGUAUUAUGAAUUAACCCUUUCAGUGCUGGAACCGAAUUUUGAAGGCCUUUGCAAACAGUUUGGAUCCAGAUGAGACGCCACAGAACGUGGCGUCUCAUCUGGAUCCAAACUGUUUGCUAUUCUGAUUGUAUUCUUUGAAAAAAAUUAGAAGAAAAUGCUAAUUUUAGAAAUUCAGCAGACGACAUUUUAGCAGACGACAAAUUUCCCAGCAUGCAAAGGGUUAAGCCCAGCUUUAUCAGAGCACGGUUCCAAUGUAUCUCAAUUGUUGGUAAAUAUUGCAACGUGUGAAUCUGAAUAAUUGAUUAUGAACAUAAAGUUGUCUGCCUUGAAAUGGUGCAAAAUCACUCCUUUGCGUUUGUUUCUUGUGAUAUAAGUACAUUGUUAACCCUUUGCAUGCUGGGAAAUUUGUCGUCUGCAAAAAUGUCGUCUGCUGAAUUUCUAAAAUUAGCAUUUUCUUUGAUUUUUUUCAAAUAAUACUUUCAGAAUAGCAAACAGUUUGGAAUCCUGAUGAGACACCACGUUCUGUGGCGUCUCAUCUGGAUCCAAACUGUUUGCAAAGGCCUUUAAACUUUGGUUCCAGCACUGAAAGGGCUAAAUCAUUGAUACCGCACACUAUAAGGAACAUUAAAAUGUGUUAACCCCGUCCUAUUGACGUAUUAGCUUUAAAUAAUGGUAAUUGUAUUAAUGUCUAACAUUGGGUCUAAACAUGCCUCUCAUGUGUUGAUUUGUUAAUUGUAACAUUAUUCCUGUAACCCUUAUGAUGUGUUGAUAUACAUUUCUAUAUAUCGUUUCAAACAAGCUUUACAUGUACUAUCUUUUAUGGUAGAAAUUAUCUCAUUACGGUACUUAAACUUUGUGAUAUUAUCUUGUUUUACUGUACUUAUUUUUAUAUACUUUAAGUGCUUUAAUUUAAAUUAAACUUAGAAAGUGUGAUUAUCUCUUCAUUUAUCUCAUAUGUUUCUUAUUUAAAGGUUUGUGGUGCUGAUAAUGUCCGAGAUACGAUACUCUUAUUCGAGGGUCUACCUAUAUAUUUUGCAACUUGCCUCUUUUAAGUAUGUAAUGCGUGAUAUGGUAAAUUUGUAUGAAAGUGUGGGCUUUAAUACUUAUUGAAUUGUGUAUAUGGAUAUGAAUUCUUAUUUAAAGGAAGGUUUUACUUGACAUGUUUGUAAAUAAUCAUAUAAUUGUUUACCUAGAAACAAAUCUUUAUCAUUAGUUUUAGCUCAAAAAUUCAUUGAAAAAGUUUUAGCCAUGCUACUCACCUGUUAAUCGGCAUUGAUGUUGGCAUUGUGCUUUGCAUGCAACGUCCCUUUUGCAUAAAACAUUCAUGUUAGGGUUGAGAAAAUCCCGGUUAUGGUUUUUGUGCACCAAGUACAUACUGGAAUCUCUGUGUCUACUAGAGAUAUUCAAUUGAAUGUUUAUUUCUUAUUCUAAUCAAGUCACAUAACUCAGGCCUGCUUUUAAGCUGGUUUGUGUGCUCUUUGAUGAUUUAUCCUGGCACUACUUCAUAUGAGCACAGUCCACACAGGCUAAUCUGGGACGACAAUUUACGCACAUGCAUUUAACUCCCUUUUCGCAGAGCAUGACUCAUAUAUUUAAUCUUAACUUCAACUGUGUUUCGUGGAUCGCAAAGAAAGGUCACUUUCUGAACACAUAUGUUUUACUGUCAAAGAAGAAGAAUAGUUGAGAAGAUUGUAUUGGGACAGGUUUUGUUUGUUUGAGAAUUGUUCAUUUAUUUUGACAAUUUGCAAACAGUAGACGCAAAAUAUAUACAUACUAGUAAUAUAUAUAGUUUUAUAAGGGGAACUUAAAAGAAGUAGAAUGUCUUCAGUAGUGUUUAUUAUUUUUUUAUUCAUCAAAACAACAAAUGUGUCAUUGUUUUUUUCAUGGUCAAACUAAUUCAAACGUUCAAAGAAAAUGUGAUAAUAUUAAAUUAAUUUAUGAUUUAUAAUGAAUAUUAAUAUUGUAAGUAUUAAACUAUUAUUUAGAAUGUAAUAACUUGUUUUUUUUUCUAUGAGCUUAUUACAAGAAGUCCAGAUUUUUUAAGUAAAUUUGGAUUGAACUUUUGGUCUCUGAAAAAGAAUUUUAUUAUUAAAUGAAUGAAAUGUAUUAUAGAUAUUAAUUUCCCUUUAGUUGUUAAUUUUCGUUUGUAAUACAUUGCAUACAAUAAAUAAAAUAUACUUGAUAAUGA